AUGGUUAGACUCAUCACGCACAAUCUCCUAGCAUGCCAUGCAAAAGGCUGCACGUCCAAUAAUUUUCCUCUGCAGUUCAAGGACAUUCAAAUUGAAUUGCGCGAGGCCGAGUUCAAUCCCGACUUUUUACGCGGAUUCAUCCCGCGAAUCGAAUGGGGUGCCCUUACAGACGCGGCACGUCAGUUGGGUGAUACUUCUCUGCCGUCCGAGCCUCCAGAUAUGUUGGAUGAUGACUUCCUUCAAAAGCUCCAUCAUGUACUACUAGAAAUACAUGUUGAGGAGGGUGCAAUGGUAUGUCCAAACUGUGGACAUGUAUAUCCCAUCUCAAAUGGCAUUCCAAACAUGCUUCUUGCAGAACAUGAGAUUGGUUAG